CUUGCCCCUGCUCCAUGUCAGACUCGUUCUUCUCCGAGUCGGACGACGCCGCCCAUGGCCGGCCGGCCUCGGGCGGGUCGUCGGACGACUUUCUAUCCUUCUCGGACAGCGACGCUGAAGGUGCGGCUGCCGUGAGCGGCAGCCACGACCCGGCUGCUGCCGCGCUCGCCGCCCGCCUCAAGGCCAUGCAUGCUGCUGCAGAGGCGACACUCGCAGAGUCGUUGCAAGCCCAGCUGGAGACCGCGCUUGCCGACGCCGCCGCCGCACGGGCUGAUGCCGUCGCCGCCGCCGCCGCCGCUGCGGCGGCACGAGCCGAUGCUGACGCGCUGCGCGCCCGGCUCGACGAGGUGGAGGCUUCGCAGGACUCGGGCGAGGCACUUGCUGCCACACAGGCCCGGAUCGAAGCGCUGACUGCAAAUGUGGCCAAGCUCAAGGCCGACGCGGCGGAUGCGGCCCGCAACGAGCGCAUGGUCAAGUCCAACACCCACGCCACGAUCUCGGCGCUGGAGAAGAAGCACGCGCUUGCUGCGUCCAAGUGGGAGGCUGAGCGCGCAAAGCUCGAGUCGGAGCUGCUCGAGGCCAACACGUCUUGCAAUGCGCUGUCCGAUGACCUCGCCCGUGCCACCUCGCAUGCUGAGAUCGUCGAGGCCGACCUCAACGCCGCCAAGGCCGAGAUUGCCGACCUUGUGGCCCAGCUUGAUGCUGCCGACAACGCCGCCGCUCCCGAUUCCGGGCCUGAUGAUGCCGAGGCUGCUGCUGACACGCCGACGGCCGACGUGCCGCUCGCCAAGGUCGCCAACCUGCUCUCGGACCUCAACGUGCUCUCGUCCGAGUCGGAUUCCGACGGCGACGUGGAACCGCAUGUGUCGCAGCCUGACACGCCGUCGCGGCCGCGGCGGGCCAACGAGCCGCUCCCCGAGGAGCCGGCUGUCCUGGACCCUGAGACCAAGCACCAGCUCGCCGACAAGCUCGCCGACGUCGAGGCAUCGAUCGCCAAGCAACUCAAGGUCAUCGAUGGGGUCUCGAUGGUCCGCAGCUCGUUCCCCAAGGGCACAGAGUCGCGGAGCCGCGCCGACGAGCAGUACACGUCGCUGGUAUGGGAUCUUGAGGCUCUCGAGACACAGCGAAACAUCCUUGAGACACAGCUCAAGCUUCCGGUCACGCCCAAGAUCAUUCUCGGCAAGCGCAAGAAGAAGCGGCGGGCGCGCUCGGACACCAUUCUGCGCAAGAUCUCGCGUCGGCCGGCAACCGCCGAGGGCCCCAAGUUUGCUCUGCUUGACGAGCUGGACUCGGACGCGCUCACCGAGCGGCUGCGCAAGGUCACCAAGUCGCUCAAGUCCAAGCGCGAGGAAAAGGCCGCGCUCCACACGUUCCUCAAGCCGGACUCGCCGUUCAAGUACGAGUCCGGCUCGGCGCCGCAUACCAACCUCGUCCAGCAGAUCGCUGAGGCUGACGACGAGAUUGCGGCGCUCAGUGAGCUCCACGCCGAGAUUGUCUCACGCCUCGGCCUCACCGAGGCCGACGUGGACGAACUCGAGCUCAAGCACGAGCUUGACGACAUCCGGUCUGCCAUCGACAAGCAGCUUGCGACUCGCGAGUCGCUCGCCGCACAAGCCUCCGCUUCAGCAGCGUCCGACUCGCGGGCUGCCCAAGCUCUUGCACGCGAGGACGAGCUCUGCUCGUCCCUCGGCCUGGCCAACGAGCGUGCGCCGCGCUAUGAUCCGAGCGCAUACACCGACGUCCUCGUUGCUGUCUACGAGUACAAGGCGCGCAACUCGUCUGAGCUCUCGUUUUCAGACGGCGACCGCCUUGGACUACUUGAGGACUACAACGACGGCUGGUCGAUGUGUGUUAAGCUCGAGACGAACGAGACCGGGCUGGUCCCGUCUGCCUAUGCCGAGCCCGAGAACGAGUGA